GUGGUCUAAGCUAGGCUGCUGCCCCCUCUCGUUUACACAAGUAGGAAGAGGAAAGAGAACCUGGAGGAGGUAUGGCACACAUGGCCUCUGCUUACAUAUCAGAGAACUCAGUGUCCUGGCCACAGUCAAAUACAACAGAGGCCAGGAAAGGUUGUGUAUCUCGGCUAACACAUGUCCAGCUACAAGUUUCUAUUACAGCUGAUGAAAGAGACAACUAGCGGGCUCUGUACAUUGAUUCAAUCCUGUCUGAGGAUGACCAUAUAGAAGCAUAAGGAGAGGAGACAAGUGAGUCAGACAGUGGCCAAGUUUCUGAUUUGGGAUACCAUUCACAAAGAUGGGGAGAACAAAAAGUAGAAGACAUUUGGAAGAAGAAAAAACAUUGCAAUUGGACAAGUUGACUUUGAGAUUCCUAUGAGCAGGGGUAUACUGACAAACCUGCUCUCCCAGAAAACAAAAACAAAAAUCCUGUUUAUAGCCUUUGAUGAUUUCCACGAUCCAAAUGUACCCAUCAUGGCCUAUUUCAAGCUACCAAGAUGAUGUCACUGAAUGAGCAGUUGGAAAGAAAUGUGCAUGAAUAGGCUUUCAUAAGCCAGCAAAGGCUAGGUUCAGCUCACCUCUACCAGUGAGGAUUUCCAAAUGGAGGCAUCUUAAAGACACUGGGAUAUGCAGAGCUCAAGCUAAGGAGUAGAAUCUAGUGCAUUCUGUGCUACCUGACACCUAUUGGGGUCCUGGAAGGAGGAAGCAACAAUCCUGAGUGAAACCUCGACAAGAAGUAUCCAAUAGGACAUUCGUCAUGUCCUCAAAUACAAUGCUUCAAAAAAUGCUGCUGAUCUUGAUCUCUUUUUCAGUAGUAACCUGGAUGAUUUUUAUAAUUUCUCAGAACUUCACAAAGCUUUGGUCUGCUCUAAACUUAUCCAUCUCCGUCCAUUACUGGAACAACUCUGCAAAGUCCUUAUUCCCUAAAACAUCACUGAUACCAUUAAAGCCACUAACAGAGACUGAACUCAGAAUAAAGGAAAUCAUAGAGAAACUAGAUCAGCAGAUCCCACCCAGACCUUUCACCCACGUGAACACCACCACCAGUGCCACACACAGCACAGCCACCAUCCUCAACCCUCGAGAUACGUACUGCAGGGGAGACCAGCUGGACAUCCUACUGGAGGUGAGGGACCACUUGGGGAAGAGGAAGCAAUAUGGUGGGGAUUUCCUGAGGGCCAGGAUGUCCUCCCCAGCACUGAUGGCAGGUGCUUCAGGAAAGGUGAUGGACUUCAACAACGGUACCUACCUGGUCAGCUUCACUCUGUUCUGGGAGGGCCAGGUCUCCCUGUCUCUGCUGCUCAUCCACCCCAGUGAAGGGGCGUCGGCUCUUUGGAGGGCAAGGAACCAAGGCUAUGAUAAAAUUAUUUACAAAGGCAAAUUUGUUAAUGGCACCUCUCAUGUCUUCACUGAAUGUGGACUGACCCUAAACUCAAGUGCUGAACUCUGUGAAUAUCUGGAUGACAGAGACCAAGAAGCCUUCUAUUGUAUGAAGCCUCAACACAUGCCCUGUGAGGCUCUGACCUACAUGACCACCCGGAAUAGAGAGGUAUCUUAUCUUACAGAAAAGGAAAACAGCCUUUUCCACAGGUCCAAAGUGGGAGUUGAAAUGAUGAAGGAUCGUAAACACAUUGAUGUCACUAAUUGUAACAAGAGUGAAAAAAUAGAAGAGAAAUGCCAAGUUGGAAUGAAGCCUCCCGUCCCUGGUGGUUAUACUUUACAAGGAAAAUGGAUAACAACAUUUUGCAACCAGGUUCAGUUAGACACAAUUAAGAUAAAUGGCUGUUUGAAAGGCAAACUCAUUUACCUCCUGGGAGACUCUACGCUACGUCAGUGGAUCUACUACUUCCCCAAAGUUGUAAAAACACUGAAGUUUUUUGAUCUUCAUGAAACUGGAAUCUUUAAGAAACAUUUGCUUCUGGAUGCAGAAAGACACACUCAGAUUCAAUGGAAAAAACAUAGCUAUCCCUUCGUCACUUUCCAGCUCUACUCUCUGAUAGAUCAUGAUUAUAUCCCUCGGGAAAUUGACCGGCUAUCAGGUGACAAAAACACAGCCAUCGUCAUCACCUUUGGCCAGCACUUUAGACCAUUUCCCAUUGACAUUUUUAUUCGCAGGGCCAUCGGUGUUCGAAAGGCUAUUGAAAGGCUGUUCCUAAGAAGCCCAACCACUAAAGUGAUUAUUAAGACAGAAAACAUCAGGGAGAUGCACAUAGAGACAGAGAGGUUUGGAGACUUCCAUGGUUAUAUUCACUAUCUUAUCAUGAAGGAUAUUUUCAAAGACCUCAACGUGGGCAUCAUUGAUGCCUGGGACAUGACCAUUGCAUAUGGCACUGAUACUAUCCACCCACCUGAUCAUGUGAUUGGAAAUCAGAUUAACAUGUUCUUAAACUACAUUUGCUAAGGGAUAAAUACUACACAAAAUCACUAGGAACCAAUCUCUGCACAUAAUCCCACAUGUAUUGUAAAGUAAGUUUUACUCAUUUUAGGAACUAAGGAAAAUAAAUUUAAAAGAAUCUGUUUGGGGAGGAAGGCUAUGUAAGGACAAUGACAACUGAUAAGGGAUGCAAAACCAAGAGAAUCAGACAUGAAGAAUGACUAUACCAUGCCUGGUUCUGAUGCUUGUUUAAAAUAUUAAAGAAGUUUUUUAAAAGCCAUGUUAUUAAGCUGAUUUGAAAAUAUCUGUACAAAUUCAUGAUGCUUUCUAUUUCCAAUAUAGAUAUUUCCUAGCUCUGUCUAUUGAAAAGGCCUAGGAGCAAUGAUAACCCAUUAGCAAUAAUCACUCCUAGCACCCUGACUGUGAUGUCUAAGAACCCUUCCUCAAUAAAAGAAAAGAGGCAUCCUUGAAGGGAAGGCUGAUUCCAGGACUGGAACAGAAAAUAUAUAUACCAAGAGCCUGGACAUCUUGUUAUGCCAGAAAGCAAAUAAUCAAAGACAAAUGGAAUCAUAUCAUGGAACAGAGGAGGUAACCCAAAGGAGUCUCUUCAUUGGCCAUAGAUAGAUUAGUUUUAGCAUCAAAAAGACUAAUGACUGCAGUUAAUUGAAAUACAUAAUAUAUAAAAUCCAUGAGGUCAUAACAAUACAAAAAGAGACAUGCAAGAAUAAAAGCAAAAUCUCUCAUGUGUCGUAAGUGGAGUUGGGUAAACCCUUAUUUUGAAAAUUGGCAACAAAAGGGAAAUAUAUGAACAUUUAUCCUCUUUCCUGUUAAAGAGAAAAUCAAUAACUCUAAUAGAUAAGGGAAAUUUCUUCUUUUUGGAAGAAUUACAGCUAAUGAAUACAGAAAGAAUGGCAGAAUUAGGAAAGCACCAUUUAAAAGCUUCUACUCAAAUAAGUAAGUAAGGCAGAGAUCAUCAGUGAAUGAACUUUUUUAAAAGGUUUGAUUGGAACUUUACUAUGGAUAUAGCAGGCUGUCACUUCUGAAUCCACUGCUCAAACUUAGCUUUAUUAAUUUUAAAGCUUUAUAACAGCAGGACAACUGGUCAUUAUGUCCUACAUGAUUUGAUGCAAUGUAAAGUAUACAACACCACCUAUGAAGGAGCGAGAUCUGUAAGAAAGAUGCUCAAUUUGGAAGUCAUCAGUAUAUAUAGGUGCCUGCUAAAAAUGAGGAGAUGGUAAUAUUUUCUCACACACAAAGGGAACUCUCAUACACUCUUGGUGGGAAUGUAAGUUGGUACAGCCAUUAUGGAAAACAGUAUGGCAGUUCCCCUAAAAACAGAACUACCAUAUGACCCAGCAAUCCCUCUGCUGAGUAUCCCAAAGGAAAUGAAAUCAGCACUUCAUAGAGAUAUCUGCAUUCUCAUGCUCACUGCAGCAUUAUUCACAAUAGCCAAGACAGAGAAACAACAUAAGUGCCCAUCAAUAGAUGAACAGAUAAAUAAUUUGCAGUAUAUAUGUACAAUGGAAUAUCAUUCAGCCUUACAAAAGGAGAUGCUGCUAUAUUUGCAAUAACAUGGGUGAACCUGGAGGACGUUAUGCUAAGUAAAAUAACAAUAUUGAAGGAAAGAAAUAAUACUGAAAGAAAAAUAUUGCUUGAUCUCACUUAUAUAUGGAACUUAAAAACUACACAUAGAAACAGGGUAGAAUGGUAGUUAUCCAGGCUGGGAGGAAGGGAAAACAGGCAGAUGUAGGUCAAAGGGUACAAACUUGCAGUUCUAUUGGAUGAAUGUCUAGAGAGCUAAUGUACAGCAUGAGAACCAUAGUUAAUAUUGUAUAUGGAAAAUUUGCUGAGAGACUAGAUUUUAGGUAUUCUACCUCAAUUAAAAAGGUAAUUGUGGCCAGGCACGGUGGCUUACGCCUGUAAUGCCAGCACUUUGGGAGGCCGAAGCGGGAGAAUCACGAGGUCAGGAGAUCGAGACCACAGUGAAACCCCGUCUCUACUAAAAAUACAAAAAAAAAUUAGCGGGGCACGGUGGCGAGCACCUGUAGUCCCAGCCACUCGGGAGGCUGAGGCAGGAGAAUAGCGUGAACCCGGGAGGCGGAGCUUGCGGUGAGCCGAGAUGGCACCACUGUACUCCAGCCUGGGCUACAGAGCGAGACUCUGUCUCAAAAAACAAACAAACAAAAGGUAAUUGUGCAGUGAUUAAUAUGUUAAUAUACUGACUACAGUAAUCAUUUCACUAUGCAUAUGUAUAUCAAAACAUCACACUGUUUACCUUAAAUGUAUGCAAUAAAAAAUAAAAGAUACAUACAUAAAAUUCUUUAAAUGUCCCACACACAAGACAAAUACGUGUUCAAAUACAUCAGUCUCUGAAGCCUCUGCACCACUCUACACGCUGCUCCUUCUGACUAGAAUGCCCUCCUGCCCCUCUUUCCACCUGUCAAACUCCCAAUCACCCUUUAAAACCAGAUUGAAUUAUUUUCUUCUGUGAAGCUUUCCCUGACACCCCGAGAAAGAAUAAUGUUUCCACAGUGUUUUGUCAUUUACUCCAUAAAAGAAACAAAAACAUGUAUUUUUAAAAGUAUCUGUUAUCUCUAAUAGCUUGUAAACAUCUUGAGGAAAGAGACUAAGUUUUGCUUCUUUUUCCCCCAAAGUGAACUUUAUUAAAACAUUUACCAUCUCUUU